AUGACUGUCAGCACCCAAGUGAUACUAGACUACACACUGAACGACCUCUACUCCCUUGACAGUGAUGGAUCCCCUAUUCCAGCCCUCGUUCUUGACUCCCGGCCGGUGGAGGACUACGCCAUGGUGCCGUCUGCCAAAUACGUCUAUCACCUGGCAGCACAAGAAGGCUCAGACAAGAUGUUGAUCCUGUUAACAAGGAGCCAGACUGAACGGCGUGUGUUUCUGGCUGGGAAAAUGCUAGUCUUUGUUGUGGACUAUGCAUACUUGCAGCAACAGCCAGACAGCCAAACUAUGCCAGCGGAUAAAGCUGAGGUGUACAGACAUUUUUCAAAGAUGAGGCCUGACCAGCAGCCUGCUCUCAAGUUCGUGCAGAGAGCCGACCAGAUUACUCUACCGCCAAAUGUACCUGUGGCAGUGGUAGUUCCAAUUGACCUGUUUGCCGCUCUGCCUCAUGCCCUUGACCCAGAUGUGCAUUUCUGCAUCCUAGCAAAGCGAGGUCUGGCAGUUUCGGGGCUGCCUACACCACCGUCCACCGUGGUAGAUGUGGCUCUCCCACUCGACCAGCUGCAGGAUGAUACCAAGAUGGGACAGGAGAUUUCGCGCAUGCUGGAACUUAUUGACACUUACAAUACCCCGUUUGUAGUGAAGUUACCCCAGUCAGUGGCGGCGAUGGGUACUUUUGCGAUCCGUUCGGACGAUGAUAGACAGCGGGUCAAGGCCAUACUCAGCACCCAUAUGCGUCUUAUGCUAAAGCAGAUCAACGCUGCCAACUACCAUCUCAACCCUUGCUCUCUGAUCUUCCAGAAUUUCGUUGCAGGGACAGAGGUAGCCUUGUCGUUUUUCGUCACCCAGACCGGACGUUGUAUCUUUGUUGGAUGUUUUGAUCAGGAGUUUGAUAAACAGGGGCGAUGGACAGGGGGCUCGAUUUCAUAUCCCGACCAGCCAGCUUUGGAGGAGAAAUAUGCAGCCACUAUAGAGAAGACUGCCAAAUUUCUGCAUGAAAAAGGGUACUAUGGCCCCGCAGGAGUCGAUGUCCUGACAGAUACCCAAGGGAAUCAAUACAUCGUGGAUCUCAAUGUUCGCCUAACGGGACUCUGCCAUUUGGGCUUCCUUAAGGGCCAUUUCACCAGUAGAGGACUUGAUGUGGCCUCAACAGUAACUGGAUUUUUUACCUGCUCUCGAGAGAAAAUCGAAGAGAUUUUUUGCAAUGAAUUUCAAAUGGGGAGCCUUCUCGUCAUUUCCUGGUCGUAUGAUGAUUCAAUGAAACUGAGCUGUGGCGCAAUUGGCGUUGGAGGGAAGACGGCUUCGGAUAUAGAGCGGCUGGCAGCUAGAAUGCUCGAGUAUACCACUCCGGGAGGCCAUUGUUAG